AUGACGAGCCUUGAGAAAUUGGUCGGUAGCACUGGUGAUGGUGACAAUCGUAAUUUUGGUGUCGAUUUUGUCGUCCACCAGCUGAUCCCGACCCAAGAACGCACCGAGGCCGAGGCCGCUUUUAUCCAAUUAAUCGAGACUCUCACAAAGGUCGGCUUAGCUACCGAGGUCCGCGCAGGGAGCGACAACUCCCUCCUGAUCUUCACCAAGAUCGCAUCAUGGGACUUUCUUGCUCAGCAGGUGUACCGCUCCCGCCUUCAGGACUGGCUGAAUGGCCUGCGCUCCUCUGCACCGGAGAGGGAGAUUCGACGUGCGCUCGAAGACGAGCCCGUCACCGAGGCUGAGCGCUCUCGCAUUGUCUACCUCCUCAUCACCAAGCCCCAGAAUGACGGCGGCGCGGGCAUCACGCCCGGGAAUGGCCAGUGGAGGUACAUUCAGUCCAUACUCCCUCUGCACGACCACAACUUCAACAAGGCCUGGAUCAAGAAAUGGGGCCAGAAAUACCUCUUGAAUCAGGCCGAUCUGGAUGAGAUUCGUGACAAAUUCGGCGAGGGUGUCGCCUUUUACUUCGCCUUUGUCCAGUCCUACUUUCGAUUCCUCCUCUUCCCCAGUGCCUUUGGUCUCUUCGCAUGGCUCUUCCUUGGAAAGUUCUCCUACUUUUACGCCCUCGUCAACUGCCUCUGGUCAGUCGUGUUUUUCGAGUUCUGGAAGCAGAAGGAGGUUGAUAUGGCUGUCCAAUGGGGUGUCCGGGGUGCCUCCCGGGUUCAACUUCCUCGCCCCGAGUUUGAGUGGGAGUAUGAGGCCGAAGAUCCUGUGACUGGCGAACCAAUCAAGGUAUACAGUCCGAUGAAACGAAUUAAAACGCAAUUGCUCCAAAUCCCCUUCGCUCUGGCCUGUAUCGUGGUCCUCGGCGGCGUUGUUGUUACAUGCAAUUCGUUGGAAGUCUACAUCAAUGAGAUGUACGAUGGGGGUGGCAAAGCGGUUCUCGGCCUCAUUCCAACUAUUCUUCUUAGCUCUCUAAUCCCGGCUUUCUCUGCCGUGUUGAUGAAGGGAGCCGAAGUUCUAACUCGGUGGGAGAACUACCAAAACGUAGAUGCCUACAAUGCCGCUCUCAUCCAGAAACAAUUCGUCCUCAACUUCAUGACCUCUUACAUGGCCCUUCUGUUCACCUUGUUCGUCUACAUUCCGUUUGGGGAGAUCUUGAUCCCAUUCUUGAAUUUCUGGCACAGCACGGCCCAGGUAGUGAGCUUCAACGAGAACCCUCUACCGGCCAAGGAGUUCAAGAUCAACCCAGCCAGGAUUAGUGGACAAAUGUUCUACCUGACCAUCACCGCUCAGAUUGUGAGCCUUCUUACACAAGUCGUAGUUCCUUACGUGAAGCGCCAAGUCUUCGCCGAAGCGAAAAAGCUCAGUUCCAAGGAUACCACGCCCGCAGUCCAAGACCGUCCUGAGGAACACGAAUUUCUCAAGAGGGUCCGCAAGGAGUGCGAGCUGGAAGUUUACGAUGUCAGCACUGACUAUCGCCAAAUGGUGAUUCAAUUUGGCCAUCUUUCCAUGUUCUCUUCCGCAUGGCCUCUUGCGGCAUGCUGCUUCCUCGUGAACAACUGGGUUGAACUACGAUCAGACGCCGUCAAAAUCGCUAUUGGAAGCCAACGUCCCAUCCCAUUCCGGGCCGACACAAUAGGCCCGUGGUUAACUGCCCUCGGAUUUCUCUCGUGGCUUGGCAGCGUAUCUAGCGCAGCCAUUGUGUUCCUCUGCGGGGGCUCGACAGAUCAUGAACGUGGCACAAUGUCGCACAUUAGCGCUUGGGGCGUUCUUAGCAGUGUCUUUCUGGCAGAGCACUUCUACUUCUUGGUCCAGAUGGCAGUGCGAUAUUUCAUGAGCAAGUUCGAGAACUAUGGACAACAGAAAGAACGAAAGGAGCGAUUCUUGAUCAAGAAGAGAUUCCUUGAAGAAACCCUCGGCCAGGGAGUUGCCGAGCAAGCUGCCACCCCAGGGCUCACCCACGGGGAGAAGAUCACUCGGGAAGCAUUGGAGGAGCAGGAACGCGAGGCUUCAAUCAAGGGCCAUGCUUCUCCUGAAGAUCUGUUCUGGCAGCGACAGCGAGGAGUCCAGGAAACCAUCACAGUCGGACGAAGCAUGAUUGAGAAGGCUGUCACCGAGAAAGGAGCGGGUAAACCUGCUCAACCCAGUCCUAGAGCGUAG